CUACUUUUAUAAGCUUACCAAUUACCAUGUUUUGUCCCAAACAGUAGUAGUAGUGCCCUUCAUUGUGAUUUAAAGCCAAGCAAUGUUCUUGACAAUUCCAUGGUAGCUCAUGUCAGUGAUUUCGGCUUAGCAAGGUUGCUUUCAACCAUUGGAGUGUCUCAUAUUGAAAGUAGUAUAAUUGGACCAAAGGGAACUAUUGGUUAUGCUCCUCCAGAGUAUGGAAUGGGUUCUAAGGUGUCAAUUGAAGGUGAUAUGUAUACUUUUGGAUUUCUAAUUUUAGAAAUGUUAACCGGAAAAAGACCAACAGAUGAAAUGUUCAAAGAUGGUUACGAUCUUCGUAGUUAUGUCGAAAUGUCACUUCCACAUGACAUUUUGAACAUUUUGGAUCUAACUAUAUUACAUGAGGAAUCAAAACAAGCUGCAAAAAGAAUUGAUGAGGACCUAAUAGGCCUUAUGCAUGCUAAUGCAGAGAAUUGUUUGCUUUCACUCUUUAGGGUUGGACUUGCUUGUUUCAGUGGAUUCACCAAAUAGAAGGAUGAGUAUGGUUCAUGUCAUAAAGGAACUGAAUCUGAUAAAAACUACCAUUGCUUCUGAUAGCUUAAUGGAGGCUGAGGAACCAACUCAAACUAUUAUUUCUACUUGAGUGAUUUUAUCUUUCUAUUGCUACUUUUGAUUGUCUUUCUUUCUGCUCGU